GUUGGAGCACGGACGGUUAGGAUUAGUCUGGACAUGGGCCACGGUGACUACCCCUCGUGGAGCGACAGGGGUUAGGGUUCUUGAGGGCUUCUUCUCCUUGCACGCCUUCUCGGCAUCCGCCGCCGCCAUUUGCCGACCGGAGCGCGGGAGAGGAGAGGAUGGAGGGGACUAGCCGUGCGGAUGGGCGGAACCCGAACCAGCUCCGGCCCUUCUCCUGCACUCGCAACCCGCUCCACCGCGCCCAUGGCUCCGCCCGCUGGGCACAGGGCGACACCGUCGUGCUGGCCGCCGUGUACGGGCCCAAGCCGGGGACCAGGAAGGGGGAGAACCCCGAGAAGGCCUCCAUCGAGGUCGUCUGGAAGCCCAAGACCGGCCAGAUAGGGAGGCAAGAGAAGGAAUACGAGAUGACGCUCAAAAGGACGUUGCAGAGCAUCUGCUUGCUCACGGUUCAUCCAAACACCACCACCUCGGUCGUGCUUCAGGUCGUGAGCGAUGACGGUUCUCUUCUGCCAUGUGCAGUUAAUGCUUCCUGUGCUGCCCUUGCAUUUGCUGGCAUCCCUUUGAAACAUCUUGCUGUUUCAAUCGGCUGUGGGGUUAUGGAGAACGGUGCGGUGAUUUUAGACACAAGCAAGGCAGAAGAGCAGCAAUUGAAAUCAUUUACCCAUUUGGUAUUUCCCAAUUCGCGCAAGUCUGUCAAUUCGAAUGAAUCAAAACAGAAAGAUGAGCAUUUUGAGCGAGGAUUGAUAACCUGUUUCACCCAUGGAGUGAUGUCUGAGGACGAUUAUUUCAACUGCUUAGAGAGAGGUCUUGCUGCAUCCUCACGAAUCUCAGAUUUUAUGAGGACGACUUUCCAGCAGGAGGCAUCAGAAGAUGUUUGAGUACCAUCAUUCGUAGCAAUCCAGCAGUACAGUUUUGGUGGCUGCUCAUGUAACAAUGUGCCGGGCACUGUAACUACAUUCUCACAUUUCUUUUUUGAUCUUUUUAUGCGAUCUGAAAACGAAUGAGAUCAGAAAAUUGGGCGGACGACUUGAUGAUAAGGUCAGAUGUUUCUGUGAGCA